GGAGGAGGAGGCUGUGCUGGGCUCGGCUGUGCACCGCUCCGCUCCGCUCCGCCGCUCUCGCCCGCCCCGCCGCCACCCGAGCCGCCGGAGCGCCGGGGCCGCGGGCCCCGCACCAGGGCAGUUCCCUCUUCCAUUYUGCCAGCUCCCAUCCCUGAUCAGGACUGAACACGUGCAUUAUCUGAUCUCCUGUGGUUUCCAGGUUUCUCUGAGGAAGGAUGUGAUUCYUUACUCUCCCAGGAUAUUCAGGGAUCUGCCCACGGGUGAAAACCAGGAAAUCCAGGAGCUGGCAGGAGGGGAAUGAACCGUGAGGGCGUCCCCGGAAAGAGUCCGGAGGAGAUGUACAUCCAGCAGAAAGUGAGAGUCCUGCUCAUGCUCAGGAAGAUGGGAUCAAAUCUGACAGCCAGCGAGGAGGAAUUCCUGCGCACCUACGCGGGGGUGGUGAACAGCCAGCUGAGCCAGCUGCCCCAGCACUCCAUCGACCAGGGUGCUGAGGAUGUGGUGAUGGCAUUUUCCAGAUCAGAGACAGAAGACAGAAGGCAGUAACUACAGGAGACCUGAACAACACGGAAUGGAGRGGACAGUGAGAUUCCUGAAGAUAGAGGAGGAUGGCUGAGCAUUAAUAAGUUCCUCUGCCCACCCUAAUUGUUCCUUGGAAUUCCUUCUCCUUUGUAAUGUUGUUUCCCUUUGCCCAACCCUCAGAAUGCAUCUCACAGCCAUCUAUUCCUGUCAGAUUUUGCAACUCAGCCGGGCUGUGUUCAUUAAGGACAAACCUAAAGGUGUGGCUUUGGUUGGCUCAAAGGGAAGGCUGUGGUUGGCUAAAGGAAGGCAAUUUUUCAAACUUGACCAAUGGAAACCUUUUAUCUCACAUUUUAUUUUAUAUUUUUAAGGAAGUCUCUUGACAUCCUACUUCUAAAGAAGCUUUUCAUGCUGUGSUGCUUAUUUAGGUCAAACUUGUGAAUUUGAAGAGGGUUUGAUUUGGCUGCAUAGAACUGGAAGCAACUUGUGAUUGGUGACAAUGCAAAAGGUUUCCCUUCAGCUGGCUUGCAGGUAUUGCUGACUCCAACAUUUUCCUUGCAGGAAGCUGAUGUUUUGGUGCAUUGGUUAUUUCUUUACACUUUUUGACUUGGGGGRAAGACAAAUGUGCUUUGCAAUAUUUAUUACAUCUACACACAUAUAAACGCUUGCUUUUGGGGGGGGUUGUUUUGGUUUUUUGAUUGGCUUUGGAGUCAUGGGUUUGAUUUCCUUUUGGCUGCAGUGUUUCUGAUGCAAUCAGUUUUUCCAUCCUCAGCUGCUCUGUGGCCUCGAGCUCUUUUGGGAGCAUGUGUCAAAGCAGAUUUGGUUCAAGAAGUCCACCUGGUGAGGUUGGAAGCAGCACUGCCACUCCUGCCUGCCAGGGGCUUCUCUUUGCUUCUGACAGAGGAGCUGCAGAUAUUUUGCAGGAAUUGCAAAAAUGAGAUCUAUGGCUGUGACGUGAAUUGGCCAAAUUUGUAUAGAGAAUAUGUGAACUUGUUUAAAAUACUAAAGAGUUCCACUUUAACCCUUUAAUUGCUACACAAGACUAGCUCUCACAUUAGGAACAGUUAAUGGUCAUUAACUUAAAUCCAGCUUACACUGGGCUUUAAUAAACUGAGUUUCUAGUAGCUGGAAAUGUUGUGCAUGGUUUCCCUCCUUGCAGCAGUUUGGUGAUGGGGCAUUUCUGUGCCUCCUGGGACAAUGCCCUGGUCCUGAGCACUGUCCCAAGAGGCAGUGCUUGGCUGUCCAGCUCUGAGUGUACAGGGACACUCUCAGGUUUACUCCCUUGGUAGCUGCAGGGCCUUAAAACACACACAGACAUGUUGAGAGUGACAAAGCUGCAGUGAAACUCCCGAGGUGCACUGACUGUUCAGGAAUCUGCACACAGUCUCCAGCACUACUGCCUAAAACCCAGCACUUCAUUCUCUCUCACGUGUGCAGGUGGUUUUUACAAAACUUCUGGAUUUUGCUGUGGGUUGCACUGACUUCAAGAUGUUUCAGAAUCUAUUAAAGCUGAGCUCCUUUUACAUGU